AUGUCACUGGCCCUCAUAACGACAAGUCAAAGCUAUGCCACUCGAAAUAUCGAAAACAGUACAGUUUUUAUUAUGUCCAGACACAUGAGUUUGGGAAAAAUUUGUCUGGGGAUUGCUAAGACUCGAAUUGAGAUCAUUCGCUGGAAAUUUGAGCAUUGGAGAAAGGAAAGGUCCGCUGGUUUCAUGAGUGUACGAAAGAGAAAUUGUAAGUUGGCCUCAGGUGCGGGAAGUCUUUCGGAAGUCAGAACGAAUGGACAAUACAAAGAGAAUGAGAGGGCGAUCACAGAGAUAAAAUCGAUUCGAAAAGUUCGGGAGACGGCACAUAGCCGUUGGAACUCGGAGCAAGGAAAGACAAAAUUGAAAAGACUUUGGCCCGGAUUACAUCCUCAUCAUCAUCAAUAUGGGAAUAAGGAUUUAGAAAGACGGUCUCAGAGCUAG